AGUGUUGUGGCCUGUCUACCACUUGAGAAACAGAAACGCUUUUACUACUAAUACAGCGAUCUUAUCAAUGCUUUUUCCGAAAACGUUAUUGAAUUUCUUUUGCAAAAAAAUAAAAAAGAUAGAAGAUUUGAAGGAGAUUGUUUUUAUGGGAUACCUCGUAUUCAAAUAAAAAAGUUAUGGGUGACAAUGAUGGAGUCCAUUACGGCGGUAAGUAUGUCCCGCCGCAUAUGCGCAAGCGCAGUGCUGACCAACCAGCAAAGACUGUAAGUAGCAGUAACGCGCCGCAGCAGCUUCCUGAGAAGGAACACCAGCGCGACGAGCCUAGAGAGCGUGAGGACGGAAAUCAAAACGGGUCUUACUCUAAUUCGGGUAACGGGUCGUACACUCGUGGCGGUUACACGGAAGCCGAGUGGGAAGAAUGGAAUCGUGAGCAGGAGCAAAAAAACAACCGCGGAGGCGGAGGAGGCGAGCGUGGAGGAGGCUACGCCAACGGAGGAGGUGGCUCUAGCAAUUGGAACCGACCGGCGGGUGGCGGGUAUUCAUUGUUUUUCUAGACUUGAUGUUUCCUCGGAGGUGGACCAUGAGGUCUUGUGCAUCCAGAAUUUAUUUUGAUUUCUAUUUUUCAAUUCCAUAUCCUAGUUUUGUGUUGCGGGACAUAUGAGGAGCGGUAACACAAAAAUCAAUGUAAUUUUGCAGUUUCACCGGCGGUUCCGGUGGUCGUUUCGGCGUGGCCGGCGGCCAGCAGAACAACGCACGCUGGGGCGGAGGUAACAACGAAGACUCCUACCAGAACCGUCGCCAGGUGGCCCGCAAGCAGGAGUCGCAAGACGGCGGCUAUCACUGGAAAAAGUGUUAACGUUAACGGUUUUGAUAGAUUGCAAAACUGCAUGACAAAUUUUGCCUAGAAUGCAUGCUAUGCAUGACAAAUUUUGGCACGGUUUGGGAUGCAUUUCUGCAUCACAAAUUCCGUUAAUGUUAACACUUUUUCCUGUGAUAGCGGCGGAGAGAAUGUCAGUUAUUCCAAGCAGGACAUCCGCAACCGCGCCCCCGCUGGUUCGAACAACCGCAACAAGGAGCCCCAGAACUGGUUCGAGCGACCGGAUUGCCGCCAAAACUAUCCGCGUGAGCAAGAAGAUGAGGACGAAAUCUUUCCCAAGCGACAGCAUCGAACUGGUAUGCUCUAUCCAUUCGUAUUGUUUCGUGUUGUACCGUUGUGGUGCUGUGGGCAAAUAACUCUUUGGGUUUGUGUGCUACUGCUGCAAGUUGUUAGAAGAUGCUAGCAUAGUCUUGGUUUAAGUGUCAUGAUUUCCCUUCUUGUCCUCUAGCAGCGCAAGCGAGCCACGCAAUGCAAACUCAUCCAGGUAUUAACUUUGACGACUAUGACAAGAUCCCGGUGGAGCGAUCCGGAAACAACUGUGAGGCUGCCGUUGCCAUUUCUCGUUUCUCCGAAGCCAGAUUGCACGACGACCUCUAUGAGAACGUCACUCGCUGCGGGUAAGAACGCGGACUUAUUGUUAUUUCAGUAUGAAUUUGUCGUGUCGCCAUUGCGGGAACGUGUAGAUUCAGCGCGAAGAUCCUAAAGAAUCAUCAUUUCCUCCACCAUUUUUUCGUUGCACUUGCAUUUUUUGAAAGAUCGUGUCACAAUCGAGGGGGCGCAACUACUAGAAGCACUUUCAUUCGCGCCUUGUUCACACGACUCCACAACAUUGACAUAAACAUUCAUUUAUAUGGCGUCGAAGCAGCAUGAAAUCAAGAGAGAAAAAUAUCGCAACAGGUACGACCGUCCCACACCGAUUCAGAAGCAUUCUAUCCCGAUCGUCCGCUCCGGUCGCGACGGGAUGUGCUGUGCCCAGACGGGUUCCGGUAAGACAGCAGCCUUCUUGAUCCCGGCGAUUCAGUCGCUUCUGGACAAAGGUCCGCCGGGCCUCCCGGACACAUACAAUGCGAAGAGCCUGGUUGCCAGGUAAAAACUUCUUUGGAACAUAAUUGCACACAAACACAACUACCCCUAGCAGUUAGAAAUAGAAAUAGUUAUAGUUUGAUAUUGGCACAUGCGCUUCUUCAUCGUACAUGAUCAAAGUGCUUUAGUUACUGCUUACCAGUGCUUUUUGUAGUUUCAGUUUGAGAUGAUUCCGAUAAUUAUUUUCUUCUCUAUAUCAGAGUCGCCAUGCCGAUCGUCCUCGUUCUCGCCCCGACGCGAGAGUUGGUUUCGCAGAUUUACGAUGAAGCACGAAAAUUCUGUUACAACACGGGAAUUCGGCCGGCUGUGGUAUACGGUGGCGCACCGCUCAUGGACCAGAAGCGUGACGUGAUGCGAGGGUAGAAGGCUACAAUAUGCUUUUAUACUUGUUCAUGUUUCGCUUUUGCUUCGAAUCAAUUCGAUCUAAAGUUGAAGAAAUGUAGUUGGCCAGGAGUAAAGUCUUGACAUCAACAACAACCACAACCAGUGCUGGUUCUACUGGUACUACAGGUGAAAAAAUGCACGACGACCCAUGGCUGCCUCUGUUCAUCUUCUUGUUCUUGAUUUACUAUUUAUUCAUCUUCAAUGAAAAUAAAUCGCAAACAACUCAGUGUGGACAUUUUGGUUGCUGCCCCCGGUCGUCUUACGCACAUGACGGAGGCCGGUUGGAUCAACCUUGGGUACACCCGCUACUUGGUCCUGGAUGAGGCCGACCGCAUGUUGGAUAUGGGGUUCGAACCCCAGGUCCGGCAGAUCGUGGAGCACACGAACAUAUCACAAGAAAAAAGUGUUACAGUGACACAUCUAUUGCAACUUCAGCAACACAAAUUUUCUCUGUGUGGCAGAGAAAACUUGCAAUGCAGAGAUCCUAAGGGAAAACACAUACGAAAUGAAGCUCGGAUGCAUUUCUUGCAUGACAAAGGUUGUCUGUCUUGCGGCUCCUGCAACGUAAUGUGUAAGUGUAACACCUUUUUCUUGCGAUAGAACAUGGGCGAGUUCUACUACGGCAACCCGGAGUUCGACCGGCAGACCAUGAUGUUUUCCGCCACGUUUCAGGACGAGAUCCAGAUCCUCGCCCGCGACUUUCUCCACGAUUACAUCUUCUUGACCGUCGGCCGGGUCGGUUCGACCAACGAGUUCAUCGAGCAGAAGGUGGUCUACGCCGACGAAAUGGAGAAAACCGGGCGCCUGAAGCGGUGUCUGAAGGACGCGGAAAUCGGGUGCGGGGGCGAGGGGCUGUGUCUGGUUUUUGUGGAGACGAAAAAGGGCGCGGACGUGCUGGAAAAGGACUUGUGGAAAAACUCCUUCGCCGUUACCGCGAUCCACGGCAACCGAAACCAACAGGAACGAGAGGAGGCCCUGCAGGCGUUCCGGACCGGACAGAACCCGAUCCUGGUCGCAACCGACGUGGCCGCCCGAGGGUUGGACAUCCCAAACGUCUCUUUGGUAUUUUUGCGAACAUAGAACGUCGUGAUUUUUUCUGCUGGUUGUUACGUGCGAACAAAGUUGGCAUGACAGGACCAGCUCGAUUUUUGUCAAGACGGCCUGAUGCUUUGAUGUUGAUCAUGAUUUGUAUUCUUGCGCAUCUUUAUAUGAGAUUUUACAUUUGUCAUGCAUUUUAUUUUAAUUUUCCCAUAUCAGGUUAUCAACUACGAUAUGCCGAAGAACAUCGACGAUUACGUGCACCGAAUCGGUCGUACCGGCCGCGCCGGUCGCCGCGGAAAGGCAAUCAGCUUCAUCAACGACCGCCAGUGCACUAGGGACUUACUGAGAAAGUUGAGCGACUUGCUUGUGGAGGCCAAGCAGGACUGCCCGGACUGGUACAAUGCGAUAAAUAAACUUCACCUUGCUGGUAGUUCUAGUAUGCAUUGCAAAUUAUGUGUCUGGAACAUCAUUAUCAUUAGCAUUAUGUUUUCGUGAUGCGGGAGGACUUGAAGCAGGACAACAAGAUCUGUGGUGCAUGAACACCAGGAGUGGCCAAGAAGUCGCAAGAAGCUGUGGAGAACUUGUUGAUGUUAUUUUCUUGAAUUCCCAAAAUAUACAAUUGUCAGGUUCAAGGAGAUCGCCCGUGUGAAUAACCGCGAUGCGAAGCCUUUGGACAAGUACGCUACUGGAAAACAAACCCGCGAUAUCCGUACGCUCGACAGCAACGAUGGUGGCGGCUUCGCGAAACGAGAGCCGGUUCGCCGAGGCGUGGUUACCAACGACAAGAAAAAGGUCGCUGAGAGCUGGGGCGCCAGCGGUGUGGCUGAUGCGUGGUAA